AUGGCCGUCGUUUCGCGAGCGCCCACCACCUACACGCGCCACCACUUAACGCGACGCGACUUCGAUACAAAAACCAAACUCUCUGCUCCCAACACGUUGUCAUGCUCUUCCUGGGAUUCUGCUAAGAAGCCUCCUCCGACGCCGAGGAUUGCCACACGUGGCAGUAGAGUGAUUGUUGCUGCGAGCCCUCCCACUGAAGACGGUGUAGUUGCCGCUGACCCACUCACCAAGCAGGAUCUCGUCGAUUAUCUCGCCUCGGGUUGCAAGUCCAGGGAAAAAUGGAGGUUUUUGCGGUCCAGCGACUGCAUUGCCUCUGCCAACAACCACAUUGUCUGCAAUAUCAAGGAUCACGACAAAACUGCAACCACAACCACGAUCACAAGUACUGAACAUGAGAAGUUUGGUUUUGAGUUUGGAAGCUUGCGUCCUACGAAAUAUGAGCAAAUAGCAGAAUUGCUGAAUGGCAUUGCCGAGAGAUUUGAUUGGGAUAAAAUAAUGGAAGAUGAUAAAAUUAUUGGACUCAAACAGGGGAAGCAGAGCAUAUCAUUGGAGCCUGGUGGUCAGUUUGAACUUAGUGGAGCCCCACUUGAAACCUUGCAUCAGACUUGUGCUGAAGUUAAUUCACACCUUUAUCAGGUUAAAGCUGUUGCUGAGGAAAUGGGAAUUGGAUUUUUGGGAAUUGGUUUCCAGCCGAAGUGGGGAAUCAAAGACAUACCUGUAAUGCCAAAGGGAAGAUAUGAAAUUAUGAGGAAUUAUAUGCCUAAAGUUGGCUCUUUGGGGCUUGACAUGAUGUUCAGGACAUGCACUGUACAGGUCAAUCUGGACUUUAGUUCUGAGGUGGACAUGAUCAGGAAAUUCCGUGCUGGCCUUGCUUUGCAGCCUAUAGCAACUGCUCUCUUUGCAAAUUCACCUUUUAAAGAAGGAAAGCCCAAUGGUUUUGUCAGUAUGAGAAGCCAUAUUUGGACCGAUACUGAUAAGGACCGCACAGGCAUGCUGCCUUUUGUUUUUGAUGAUUCUUUUGGGUUUGAACAGUAUGUCGAUUAUGCUCUUGAUGUUCCUAUGUAUUUUGUCUAUCGGAAACAUAGAUAUAUCGAUUGUACUGGAAAGACCUUCAGGGACUUCUUGGCUGGAAGACUUCCUUGUAUUCCUGGUGAAUUACCAACUCUCAAUGAUUGGGAAAAUCAUUUGACAACUAUAUUUCCUGAGGUCAGGCUGAAGAGGUAUUUGGAGAUGAGAGGUGCUGAUGGAGGGCCUUGGAGAAGGUUAUGUGCAUUACCAGCACUUUGGGUAGGGUUAUUGUACGAUGAAGUUUCUCUACAAAGUGUUUUGGAUUUGACGGCUGAUUGGACCCCAGAAGAAAGACAGAUGUUAAGGAAUAAGGUUCCCGUAACUGGUCUGAAGACUCCAUUCCGAGACGGUUUGCUGAAGCAUGUUGCUGAAGAUGUUCUACAGUUGGCAAAGGAUGGCUUGGAGAGAAGAGGCUUCAAGGAAUCGGGAUUUUUGAAUGAGGUUGCCGAGGUGGUUAGAACAGGCGUCACUCCAGCUGAGAGGCUUUUGGAAUUGUAUCAUGGAAAGUGGGAGCAAUCCAUGGGAUAUCAAGUGGUAGGAAGAACUGAUAAUUCAGAUAUUUGGCUUAGCUAG